UCGAUUUCCUUGGGUUGCCGUCGUCUUUCUAACCCGGAAGUCCUCGGAAGUCGUCGUUUUCAAGUGUUGCUUGCGCUUUUAAAUUGUUAUUUAAAAAAAAAAAAAAAAAAAUGUGUGAAAACGGAGAUAUGUUGGAUUGUAUUUCAGUUCACAAUUUUUCGGAGAGAUUUAUGGAGCAGACUGUUCAUUUUCAUGUCAUGAAGCUCUCUGGUGCUUUUUUCCUCUGGGUUGGUUCGAGUCCACUUUUGUCUAACUUGGCGGUUUCAAUGAGCAGCAGAUAUGACUCAAUGCCAUUAUCUACAUUAGUGAUGGGGGACCCGUCAGAUACUGCCCCAAAUUCUUUGGCACAGAGAUUAGCAAAGAAGACCAAAAAGCAGGUGUUUCUUAGUUACAGCCUUCCAAUGGCUGACUCCAGCCUGUCUCUGCUAGUGGAAAACAGAAUAAAAAAGGAACUUGAGCUUCAUCCAGGGAAGUUUUGAUUUUUUUUUUUUCUUCAAUUUUUUUCUUCAAUUUUUUUAAAAAUUUUGUUUUGUUUUUUAUGAAACUGACAUGGACAUCAUGAAUACCAGUGUAAUAUUGUGAUAUGGUAACAUACAUUAUUGUGAUAUUUUGUAUCCCAGUGCAUUGUUGUUGACAUGUUUCCGCCAAUAAUCUAUAAUAAAAUUUUUGAAUUACAGAAUUUCUAGAAAAUUAGGAUUAUUUUAAGUAUUUUAUUUUUGGGGGUUUGUGACCUCCAAAUGUGCAGGUGCAAAUUCGUGUCAUGUGUGUUUAUAAAGGAACCAAUAAGUUGCUAAAUUUUCCUAUGAAAAGGUGUCUCUGUUAAGAAAGGCACUCAUUUAUUUACAAUAUUGUUGAAAUAAUAUGUUGCUGUAGAAAAGACACUGUAUUUGUUACCAGAAAUGUUGCACUGAAAUGAAAUCAUAGUCUGUGAGGAAGAAAAUACUCUUUAUUAAUUUUGAAAACUUGUGUCAGUGAAAGAGGGGGGGAAAAUGUUUUUCCAGUUAGAAAUUGAACAUACCAGAAUUGGAAGACUUUUUGUAACCCUUCAAAAAAAAAAUCCACAUACAAAAUACAAAACCAUAGUUUCUAACACUUGAUUAAAUUUAUUGUCCUGAUUCAAACUCUUAAAAAAAGGCACCUAAAAGAAUUUUUUUUAAAAAAAAAGACAGUCUGGACUAGACAAUUGUGAUUAUGCCAAGUAUUGUAAAAUAAAUUAUGUAUAAUGUAAUCAAAAUUUUACUAUUGAUUUGAAGGUGAGCUAAUCGUGCCUUUGAUAGUUUAUGACCUAUAAUUGAUCAAUUUGUAGCAGAAAAUCAGAAAAGUGAAGUAAAACCCAAGAAUUUUGAAGCUCAAAUGUACUCCAAUUCUGGAAUGACUCUUAUUUUUCGUUUUCAUAGUUGUAUCAUGGAAAAUCGUAAAUAUCAUGAGAUUAUUAUCAUGAGUCUUGUAUGAGGUGCUCAAGAUGUUCCAAUCCCUUAUCAUGAUGCAGCAGGUUGUUCUAUUUUUCGUUGCAAUAACAUCCAUCACACACAGUCACAUCCAGUGUUCUUUUUAUUGACACAAUAAGUUAAGUGAUUUUAUUAUCAAAACAUGUAAGCCUAUGGCUUUUUGUACAAAUGCAUCAUUAAAAAAUAAGACUUAGAAAACUUUUGGUGGCUGGGUCGUGUUGUUUUUUUUUUCAGUUUAACUGUUGAAAAUUCAAAUACAGGGUGUUCAAAAUACAAUACAUGCUAAAGAUGUACAUGGAAGAUGUUGGAUUCCUACAAAUCUGUCCUUAGUUGUGGGACAUUUUUUGUAAGUAAUGUGCUUGUAUACUAUGAUAACUAUGGUGAAUGAGUGUAUCACAUCAUUAUUGGUGCGAUGGUACCUGAACACACCUUAUAUGCAGUACUAAGGGAUUCCAAUAUGAAUAAAACACUAAUCACUGAGAACCCU